AUGGGCUCCAAUCCACCCUCCGGGACCUCGACGCCCCGCUUCACGUCGCAAUCGGCCACCGCAGAGGAUUUACUCAAAUCCCAGACCGUCGGCCUCGUGAACCUUGCGGACUUCCGCAAGAGACGGGCAGAUGUGCUGGAACUCAAAGAAAAGGAAGCGAGGGAGGGCGCAAGAACCCCGGACAGUGACGGCGCGGUGACGGGUCGAACGGAGCAGGGCGGACGACCGACGAAGAAGAAGAAGAAGUUAUUUAAAAAUAAGGUCGCUGGCAAGGGGUUGCUAUCUUUCGGAGGCGACGAUGACGAGAGUGAUGGGGGAACUGCUGUGCGAAGCUCGAGGACAUCUGCCGAAGCCUCGCCUGAUCCUCCCGGAGAGAUCAGGAGGAAGAAUUUGACGCCGAAUCCGAAAUCGACCCUGCCUGUACCUCGAGCCCUGACGAAAGCAGCACUGGCAGCUGAGGCGCUCGACCGGGAGAAGCUACGCAAGGAAUUUCUGGAGAUACAAGAACGGGUGAAGGAGACCGAGAUUGAGAUACCCUUUGUGUUCUACGAUGCAGGGGCCAACAUCCCUGGCGGGAGCGUCAGAGUCAAGAAAGGAGACCACGUCUGGCUGUUCCUGGAACGAUGCAGAAAGGUCGGUGCCGAACUUGGGGUCUCUGGGGCGGAUGGAAGUGGCUCGACCGUCCAGAAAAAGAGCAGGGAAGACUCGAGGAAGCAGUGGGCGCGCGUGGGCGUUGAUGACUUGAUGCUGGUGAAAGGCGAAGUCAUUGUGCCGCACCACUACGAGUUCUACUAUUUCAUUGCGAAUAAGAUUCCUGAUCCGAGUCGGGAGGGGAGAUUGUUAUUCGAAUACUCUGGCACGGCGGACAUCAUGAACAGCUCUGAUCACAGCGCGUCGGAACCGACGGCUACGCUGAGGGUUCCAGGUCAGAGGAAAGAGGAGCUGGAGGGCCAUAAUGACGAUCCCAUCCUCACAAAGGUGGUGGAUAGAAGGUGGUAUGAAAGGAACAAGCACAUCUAUCCGGCCAGUGUGUGGAAGGAAUAUAAGGCCGGGAAGGAGUUUGAAGAGAUCGCGAAGAGCAGACGGAGAGAUGCUCAGGGGAACGCCCUUUUCUUUGGCUAA